ACUGGAUCAGUGCACUGAAGUAAACGUGCAGUAAGUCCAGUUCGGCAUAAGCUCAAGGACUCACGGAGCAGCAGCAAUCUCAUUUCCAUGGUGAGAAAGAUGGAGCGUUUGUCGUUUCGAAGCUAAGAUUGUGGAGCACGCCUUCAGUGGUAUGAGUUCUCCGGGUCGUUGAACGACGGAAACGAUUACGGGAGUCAUGGUACUUGAACUGGCGAGGAGUGUAGAAGGAGGAGCUGGUCGAGGCGGAGGAGGAGGAGGAGGGGAGACGUGCUCGAUAUGUCUGGAGCCGAUUUCUGGAGAAGGUUUUCUGGAUCAAUGUUUUCACAAAUUUUGCUACCAUUGUAUUCUGCAAUGGUCCGAAAUGGUGAUUUCCCGGCCAUCCAGCUCUAGUAAUCGUUUGCAAUAUCUCGAGUGCCCUCUCUGCAAGACUCAGUACACAUCCAUAAUUCAUGACGUGUCCGGGGUCAAAUUUCAGCGGCACUACAUUCUCACCUCCCGCGUACCAGGGCCUCUCAAGUCAGAGGCGCAUAUACGACGACAGGCAGUAUAUGCAAGUAACUCAGCUUCUCUGCAGCCAUCAAGUUUGACUGGCCUCGUACCUAAGCCUAAUCGAUGGCUUUCCUGCUGGGUGCAACGUGAACUUCAGGCUCUCAUGCAGGAAGAGGACGUGGAUACUGUUAUGCACCAUGUCGUUGGUAUUGUAGAAUCGUUUAGUUCAAGGCCAAAAGGGAAGCUCUCGUCCUCAGGAAGGGGAGGAAGGGGAGGAACGGAAGGCAAAGACUUCACUUGGCAUGCUACAAUCUCUGCAGCUGUAAGACCUUUCAUUUUCGAAUCCGCAGAACGAUUUGCGGUUGAACUUGAAUCCUUCCUAGUGUCUGGCUUGGACAUCGCAGCCUUUGAUCAGAGGAGUAAGUUGGCAGCUUGUGUACGGGAUCGUGUGACACUUUCUGAUGAAGAAUUCACCCUCCCUUCACUAAAGAAAGACGGUCAGAACGCCUAUGACCUCUAUGAUGAAGACGUUGAUGAGGAGUUCGGUCAUUUGAUGGUGAGAAAGACGAGCAGUGAACUUGAAAGGUUUUCAAGUGAAGAAAGGUCAGACACGAUGAAGAAGGUCAGACAGGAUGAUGACACGGGAAACCAGGAGCGAAAUACCUCUCAAAGGGAAUCUGCUUUUGAUAGACCUGUGAAAAAAGAUACCGGCAAACAUGCUGUAAAGGAUAGUACUCUGGAUAGGGGAAGGAGCAAACACAGGAGCGAGUCGCGCAAGAAAAGGAAGAGUAGAUCUAGUUCGAGUAGAAGCAGCACUCCCCCAAGGCAUAAACGUAGGAAAAGAGACAAGAGUGUUAAAAGUCGUAGCCGGAAGAAGAGGAAACAUUCGAAGAAAAAGGACAAGAAAUCAUCGCAAGAGCACAAGCGGAAGUCCCGCAAGAGUCGUUCUCGGAAGAACGUGAGCUCGAGCUCUGACAAUAGCAGUUAUUCAGAAAGUUCUAGAAGCGGCAGGAGUUUGAGUCCAGUUGAAAGAGGAGCCAGAAGGAAAGCGAGUAAGAGAGAUCAAACCUUUGCUGACAAUCCCAUCAAUGAGAAGACAGACAUCAGGAAGACGCACACUCCUGAUGAUGAGCGACGUACACGAGAUAGAAGGAAAAGUCCUCGUCGCUAUCGAUCAAGGUCUUUUGAACCUCGAGAAAAGGUCGAGAGGAAGCGACUUGACGGGUCUUCGUUGGAAGACUUUGGUAAGCCUCGACGCGCAAGACCGGGUCAUAGAGGAUCCCAAGAGUUUGAAAGGAAGGAUAGGUACUCGACUGAUGCAGAGGGACGAUCAUUGUCUCGCACUCCAGACACCAGGUAUAGGGCGAGGCCUUUAUCGAUUGAUGCAGAGAGGAGAUCAUUGUCUCGCUCCCCAGACGCAAGGUUUAGGACCAGGCCUUUAUCUACCUCCAUCAGUCCUAGGGUAAGCGCAGGCAGAAAGUCGUGGUAUGGACCUGGUUCUUCAUCCCCACACUCUCCGUCACCGAUGGACGACGAUCAAACCGUGAGGUGGGUACCAUCUCUAGAUAUUCCAGCUCAAAGAGCAGAUGUCGUUGAAGAAGAUGCAAAAACGUUGGAAACAAAGUUACGAGAACAGGCUUUGGCAAACCUGAUGAGGCAUCUGAAUCAAAAGAAAAACACGACAAUAUCAACUUCGGUCGGAGAACCCGUGGAGAUUACUGCUGUAGAUAAACAAACCCAAGAAUACGAGGCUCCUCCUGCAAUGAAGGAGCUGAAAUCGUCUUCUUACAUUUUGAAAUCUGAAGUAAGGAGCUGUAAAGAUGCGGAUGAACGAGACGAAGACGGGGUUCUUGAGACUAAUUCACAAAAUGUCGACAAGGAUGUGACCCACGUCGAAGAAAUUGGUGAUGAUGCACAUUCAGACACGGAACUCGUAACGCCAAGCAUAGAUAACACGAAGGGAAAGGGUGGUGUUGUGGAGCUGAGUAGCUCAUUGGAGGCGGCUGAGGUGGCCAUACCAGAAGAUCUUCAAGCGUCUGGAGUUUCUUACGGUAAAGCAACGUCUUUAGAAGGCAGGGAUAUUGUGGUGGAGCUUGUGGUCGAUAAGGAACCUUUUGAGUUUGAUCUUCCUAUCCGUGAUAGCACAGCACCCAUGUUAAUUGCUGACCAGAUAGGGCUGAAGAAACACAACACGUGUGAGGUCAUGACAGAGGGAAAGAAGGGACUCGCGAAAGGGACACAGGAAGAUGGUGAUAGCUGUGUCCAGGAAGCAUGUGAUCCACAAUUAGAGAUACAAUUAACGAAGUCACCCUUUGAAUCGAGACAGACGGGUAAUCUCUCAUCUUGUUUCAAAGACAUAAGCUCUGUAGGAUCAAAAAAGUCUCCUGGACUUACGGAAGAGCCUUCUCCGAUGGAGACUAGCAAAUGUGGUGUCAAUGAAAAAGUGGUCAUUGUUAAUCAUGAAAUCGCAGCCAUUACAGUAGAGGACGGGGAACACACUGAUUCUGCCAUAGUUGACGAGGAGUCUGCAAAGAAUGAGUCCACCAGCGAGAAGACACAGUCUUGUUUGAACGACGAAUCGAAACCUGGAGCAAGUUCUACAGUCCGCGAAGACGGCGACGAAGCAGGGGAAUCUGGAAGAUUUCAACAGAAGUCCAUGUCAGUAUCUCGCGGUGGAGAGUCAGUUCAAGUAAGUUACAAGGUGUACAUUCCUCAACGAGCUGCAGCAGCACGAAGAAGACUUCAGCGAUAGUGUCCAACUUCGACUUGCACGAGUAUUACCGAUUUGCGAAUGUUGCCAGUGAUGCAACUUUGAAGUAUCGAAAGCAAAGACAAUCUCCUGAUAUAAAUGCAGUUCGUUGUGCAUGAAGGUAAGAUAUCCUCACUGCACGCUAUUUUCGAUGAUAUGCUGUCUCUACUUAUGACUGCAGUGGUCCCAUUUCAAAGCAGCAGUAUGUUGAUUCAAAGCAGCAGCAGUAGUCGGAGGAAACAUAGGCUUCCAUUGAAAGGAGAAGUUUUUGGGUUUCAGCCCAGGUUGGGAGGACGAAAUCGUUCCUACGUGUAUGAAAUCAGUUCCACACAUUAUUUUGGAUUAGCUCAAGUGAAGAUGGUCCACCAAAGAGGGCCUUUCUACACAUGUCAUUUGCUUCAUGCCAUUCAUUGACGGACACAGACAAUAUUUCUAUCUGAAGACUGGAGUAGAAAGGCGCUAUGCGGUUCAGCAAGCCCGGUGCCAGACUGCGAUCUUGUAGAGUUGCGUAUUGUGUUGCACCCCGUUUCCUUCGUCGUUAUUUGUUCCAUAGAGAAAGCAGCACCCCUUUUGAAGCCCAAUUCUUUUUAGGAUAAAAGAAUAGUUGCGGGUGCGGUAGGAACGGGGGUGCCCAACGAAGGAGGUAGAACAGUAGAUAGAGAGCAUAUAUUUAGUGAACGUCGUUUCAGACCAGCAUUUUUGCUCAUAUUACGGUGGUUAUGGUGGACUCCCACGCACCGAUACAUCUAGCGAAGUUAAUGCAAAUACCACUUCUGCGAGAAGCAAGCACUACUAUUACUACUACCUGCAAUUUGUUAUGUCAUUUAAGAAGAUGUGGGAAAAACGCAGGGAUCUUGGCUGCUAAGAGAGGUAAGGUUGAGGUUGAUUUCCUAAUUCGAACCGUGAGUGUAAAUCUCUUCUUUCUUCGUAGCGUUGGGAUUGAAAUUUAAACGGUAUAUUAUGAAGGUGAAGCUAAACCAUAGUGUUGAAAGCUUGCGUGGAAAGGGUUGGAAGAAGUCAAGAGGACAAUCUUAAUUCCAGCUCUGUGACAUAUGAUACAACUUUUUAGUUAAGUGCAUUGCCGGAACUAGGCUUCUACUUCGGCAAUCAGGUUUAAGCAGCAAUUAUCAAUGG